UAAUAUAUUACAAUAUUACUUGUUGACUUACUUGUUUCCUUAAUUUUUGCUUUUUGCCUAUAAAAGGAGUACGUAAUAUCACUAAAACUAAUACUACUAAUUAAUUAACUACCAAGAGCUGAAGCUGAAGUGAGAUAUAUGGCGCCAAUGGCAGGAGAUCAUAAAGGGGAAGAUGCAGAAGUAUUUAGUAAUAAUAAUGAGCAGCCUAUUCCUGUGCCUGUCCCCAUGAAAGACCGGAAGCCAUCGUGGGCUAAGCUAAGGCGAUUGGACUCUCUUAACUUGGAGGCCGGAAGAGUUUCCAAUAAGCCCCACAACCACACUUUAGGGGGGAAUUGGCAGAGAACGUUGUUGUUAGCGUUUCAGAGCAUAGGGAUUGUGUACGGAGACAUAGGAACUUCCCCACUCUAUGUUAUGUCCAGCACUUUCAGUAAAGGAACUAUUCAUGACCAGGAUGACAUCCUUGGUGUUCUUUCUCUCAUCAUUUACACCAUUGCCCUCAUCCCCAUGCUUAAAUACGUCUUUAUUGUCCUUUGGGCAAACGACAACGGUGAUGGUGGAACAUUUGCACUCUACUCCUUACUAUGCCGAUAUGCAAAGGUGAGCCUCGUUCCAAAUUACCAACCAGAGGAUAGGGAGCUUUCCAACUACAAGCUUGAAACACCCUCCAACCAAUUGAAGCGAGCUCAUAAGAUUAAGGAAAUGUUGGAGACUAGCAAAUUCGCUAAGCUCUUUCUGUUCACAGUUACCAUCAUGGGAACUUCCAUGGUGAUUGGGGAUGGAAUUCUCACUCCUUCCAUUUCAGUCCUGUCUGCCGUUAGUGGGAUCAAAUCUCUUGGCCAAAACGUUGUUGUGGGGAUCUCAGUAGUGAUCUUGAUCAUUCUGUUUUCGGUUCAACGAUUAGGCACAGACAAAGUAGGUUCCUCCUUUGCUCCCAUCAUCUUCAUCUGGUUUUCUCUCCUCACAGGCAUAGGUCUUUACAACUUAUUCAAGCAUGACAUCGGUGUGUUACGUGCUUUCAAUCCACAAUACAUAGUUGAAUAUUUCAAGAGAAAUGGAAGAGAUGGAUGGGUUUCUCUCGGUGGCAUUUUUCUGUGCAUCACAGGGUCAGAGGCCAUGUUCGCUGAUCUGGGUCACUUCAACAUCCCUGCAAUUCAACUGAGUUUUUCUGGCAUAGCUUUUCCUGCCCUACUCACUGCAUAUGCUGGGCAAGCCGCCUAUCUUCGCAAGUUCCCUCAUGAGGUGGAGGAUACAUUUUACAAGUCUAUCCCAGGCCCUCUAUACUGGCCCGUGUUCGUUGUGGCAGUAGCUGCUUCGAUCAUAGCUAGCCAGGCUAUGAUAACUGGAGCAUUCUCUAUCAUCUCCCAGUCUUUAAGUCUAGGGUGUUUUCCCAGAGUCAAAGUGGUGCAUACCUCUUCUAAGUACGAGGGUCAAGUCUACAUACCGGAAAUUAACUACUUGCUCAUGAUUGCUUGUGUCAUAGUCACUGCUGCCUUGAAGACCACAGAAAAUAUUGGCCACGCAUAUGGUAUCGCAGUGGUUACUGUAAUGGUGUUGACCACUUGUUUUGUAACUCUAAUAAUGCUAGUGAUAUGGAAGACAAGCAUAUGGCUAAUCGCUCUCUUCUUCGUGGUGUUUGGUUUCAUAGAGAUUAUGUAUAUGUCAUCUGUUUUUUACAAAUUCACCCAAGGUGGUUACAUUCCCCUGGUUUUUUCUUUGUUCCUUACUGUAGUCAUGGCUAUUUGGCACUAUGUCCACAAGCAAAGAUACAUUUUCGAGCUCAAGAACAAGGUUUCUACUGACUACCUAAAAGAAUUGGCUGCCAACCCCAACAUAAGCCGUGUCCCAGGAAUGGGACUUCUGUACUCUGAACUUGUACAGGGCAUUCCUCCAAUCUUUACUCACUUCAUUAAUAACAUUCCCUCCAUUCACUCUGUUCUGGUCUUUGUCUCCAUCAAGAAUAUUCCCAUCAGCAAAGUUAUACCUGAAGAGAGGUUUCUCUUUCGGCAAGUAGAGCCAAGAGAGUAUCGCAUGUUCCGUUGUGUUGUUAGAUAUGGCUACAAUGACAUCAUUGGAGAACCUAAGGAGUUUGAGCUCCAAUUGGUGGAAAAUCUCAAGGAGUUCAUCCGGCAACAAAAUUUCCUCAUUGAAGCUACCACUGAUGAUGUUGAUACUACAACAACUGUUAUGCCUGAUACAUCUAGUACUGCUAUAGCGAGCAACAAGAAAACAAAAAGAGCAUCUACAUCAACAAUUCACAUUGAGGAAGGAUUGGGAGCAACGCCAUCAAUUGAUCGAGUUUCAUUGGCUUCCACCACACCAUCAUUUAAUAAUAAGUCCUCAAACUCUUCAAGUCGAAUAGUGUCUGCACCCCUACGGGGAGCUGAGGAGGAGAUGCAGUUUGUGCAACAAGCAAUGGAUAAAGGAGUAGUUUAUCUCUUGGGAGAGGCAGAAGUGGUGGCUGCUCACAGAUCCUCAUUUCUAAAGAAAAUGGUAGUCAACUAUGGCUAUAGUUUCUUGAGAAAAAACUUCAGGCAAGGAGAGAAAGUCAUGUCAAUCCCUUCUACAAGGCUUCUCAGGGUUGGAAUGACAUAUGAGAUAUGAUCCCACUGCAAUUAUAUGGUAACUGUGUUUGGUGUGUGGAUGAAUAAGACUAAAGACUCUGAGUGAUUAAUUGAUUUCAGACAUAUAACUUAUACUUGCGCUUGCUAAUUAAUUAAAGACAUUCUACUUGAGCUUUGUUAUUUAAAGUGAAUUAAUGAAACAGAUAUUUCUCCCCCCUUCCCUUACUGUGUCAAGUUUUAGCUUUUCAUGUUAAACAUUAUUAUAUAAAAAAUAAAACAUAUACAGUAGAUUUGCCA